UUAGGUUAUAUCCGGUUGACAAAUCUGUCACAUAACAUCUGAUUACGAUUAAGGGCAAGUUGUCGUCCGAUAAGUUAUCUUUAGAAGCAAAAUUGAGUUCUGUGUUUGAAGAAGAAAUCAUAUCAAGUUUUACAACAACAAAAAAAAUCAUAAAAAGUGGAUUUUUACAACUUUUAACAUGAAAAGAAUUGAAAACCCUCCCACUCCUUACUUGGGGCAUAUUGUUGGUAAUUUUAUUGAAGGAAAAACUAUCACAAUUGAAGGUGUUGUUCAACCUCCAGCUCAAAGCAUUACAAUUAAUUUCCAAACUGGAAAAUAUGCUCCUGACCGUGAUGAUAUUGCACUACAACUCUGGGCAAAACUUCUUGAAGGUAGUAUAACAAGAAAUUCAUCAAUAGAAGGAAUUUGGGGUAAAGCAGAAACUGCAGGUCAUUAUCCUUUGACUGUUGGAAAAAGAUUUACUAUUUCAGUAACAAAUAAAAGACCAGUGUAUAUUAUCAAAAUCAAUAAUAACGAAUUUCAAUUCAAACAGAGAUUACCUGGUUCAAGAGUGAACCACAUUUCAAUUCAAGGAAAUGUUAAACUUUAUACCAUUUGUUAUGAAACCAACAUGUCUUAUGGUGAAUAUGUGCCACUUUAUGAUGAUCCACCACCACCGUAUGCAGAAUUUGCGCCAAAACCAAGAAAUCAACCAAAUCAGUCAAGCGGCGAUGACCAGUGUAUGUUCCAAACUGCUCUUCCUCUUGCUCUUGGUACUGGAAUUGGCGUGCUAGGCGCAUCCCUAUUUGGAAACCGUUCAAAAUGUCAAAGUAAAGCUUGCGGAAUUUCCUGUCAUUGUGAAAAAUGUCAAUGCAGGAAAUGCAAACCACCUACUCCAACAAUGCAACAAACAACAUCCACCUCCUGGGGUAAUGUCUUGGGUGUUGGGGCAGCUGCUGUUGGUGGUCUUUUGGCAAUUGGUGGGAUUGCAUAUGCUUUAUCAGGAUCAUCAAAUAAUAACGAUGAUGAUGACGACGAUUAGUUUUAUUUUAAAUUGUGGUAUUGUUUAAUUAUAAGUAAAUAUAAAAAAAAAAUUGAUAA